AUGUGCUCUGUCGAGUGCCUUCGACUCCACCCAGGACUCCCCAUCCUUUUCUUUUUUACCGGAUUUGACGUGUUGUUUACUUCGGCUUUUCUCUGUCAAAAGAACAAUCCGACAGAUAUCAAAGAUGACGUUUUGUUCAAGGAACAAGAAAAACGCGAUCAACGCCAUUUUGGUUGCUUCUGUCUUUCUUUACGGGAAGAGUAUGAGUCAGAGAAAGAAGAUAAAGACACGGGGAAAAGAUCCCUUUCAUGCCAACUGCCCACUUGUCCUCUUAGUUCUGGUUUGUAUAUAAUCCCCUACCUCAUAUCUAUUUCUCUCUCUCUCUCUCUCUCUCUCUCUCUCUCUAUCUAUCUAUCUAUAUCUCUCUCUAUCUCUAUCUCUCUAUCUCUCUCUCUGCACACUAUUCUCUAUCUCUCCUUCUCUGUCUGUCUGUCUCUCUCCCCCUCUCUCUCUCUCCCUCUCUCUCUUUCUCUCUCUGUGUAUGUUUCUCUCUCUCUUUUAUCUUCCCCUUCUAAAAUUGAUUUCUUCUGUUGUUCCUUGCUGCUUACCUUCCCGGUCUUCAAAAGUAGAUUCCACCACAGAUAUUCGAAACGUUUUAUUGUACCAUUUUCAUGA